AUGUAUAGAAAGUUGAAGAGAAUGAAGAAACUUUCGAUUAUAACAUUUUUCUUAAAGGUUGGUCGCCUCCCCGAGCAAUAUGUUGGUCGAAUUUCGGUGGCAGUAGUCCGCGGCCUACAAUAUCUCAAAGAUGAACUUAAAAUUCUGCAUCGAGAUGUUAAACCAUCCAAUAUGCUUGUCAACAGUAAUGGGGAAAUUAAACUGUGCGAUUUUGGGGUUUCUGGAAUGUUGAUAGAUUCGAUGGCCAACUCGUUUGUAGGAACAAGGAGCUAUAUGGCGCCUGAGCGAUUGACUGGAUCUCAUUACACGAUCUCAUCAGAUAUAUGGUCGUUUGGAUUGUCACUUGUCGAACUUCUUAUUGGAAGGUAUCCUGUUCCAUCCCCAACUAAAGCCGAAUAUGCACAAUUAUUCAAUGUUCCAGAAAGUCAGAUCGACAUGGGUGAUUUUGAGGAGGACCCUAAUACAGUUAUUAGUAAUCCGGCAAACAUGGCAGUUUUUGAAAUGCUCGACUACAUUGUAAAUGGCGAGCCCCCGGUUUUGCCUAAACAGUUUUAUAGUGACGAAGUUAUUGGAUUUGUGUCGAAAUGUUUGAAGAAGCUUCCCAGUGAACGUGCGAAUUUGAAGACAUUAACGAUGGAUCCAUUCUUUACGGCAUACUCUAAUCACCACGACGAUCAAAGGGAAUUCGCCGAGUUUGUGAAGAAUACGAUCGACAUGCCGAAACUUGCUACAUAA